AUGGGUAGCCUCCCGCCAGCAAGGGUGCUAGCGACGCGACCAUUCUGCUUUGUCGGCGUGGAUUACGCCGGUCCAUUGAAGAUCAAGGCGACGUGCAUCCGAGGAGUCAAGGUGACAAAGGGCUACAUAGCGGUGUACGUGUGCCUAUCCACGCGUGCCGUACAUCUUGAAGCAGCAGGCGACAUGACUACCAACACAUUUCUCGGCACGUUAAAGCGUUUUAUAUCUCGGCGUGGAUACCCAACUGAGAUUUGGUCAGACAAUGGGACCAAUUUCAUUGGCGCUGACCGCACACUGCAAGAACUUCUUGAGCAAGUGCGUGCCCACGAUAAGGAAGCAAGUCGGUUUCUGUCGAACAUCGGGAUCAAGUGGACGUUUAUCCCGCCGUCCGCGCCCCAUAUGGGCGGUAUAUGGGAAGCCGCCGUAAAAAGUGCGAAGUGGCAUCUAGUGGCAGAACUCGGAACCGAAGCGUUGACAUUUGAGGACUUGUCGACAAUUCUCUGCCAAACUGAAGCGUGCCUAAAUUCCAGGCCCAUCUGUGCUAUGUCGACCGAUCCGGACAAACCAGAUUUGAAGAAAGUACCAGCCAACCGGUUGGAACAGUGGCAGCAAAUACAGCAGAAGACAGCCAUCAUAUGGAAUCGUUGGAAGGACGAGUAUCUUUCGAGUCUCCAGCCACGGGCCAAGUGGCGAACUACCAAGCCAAACGUUCAAGUGGAUCAGCUAGUAUUGGUAAAAAAUGACAAUGCUCCGCCUGCCCAAUGGGAGCUGGCCAGGGUGGUGCAGGUACAUGCCGAUCCGACAGGCAUAGUACGAACAGUGACUUGCGACGAGGACAAGCUCUAUACCAAUGACCAAUCCACAAGCUAUGCAUUCUACCAUCUGCUUGAGCCCAGCGGCCUCAGGGCGGGGAGGAUAUCAUCCAGCGUAACAGGUUCGUAUGCCUCGACUGAGCAGACGUUCUGA